AUGAAUUCUGUAAACCAAACCAUGGUAAAUUAUUUCAUUAUUAAGGGGAUUUCAAAUGUCCCAGAAUUCCAAGCUCCGAUCUUUCUUUUAGUUCUGCUAAUUUAUCUGACCACUCUUGGAGGUAACACAACUAUUCUUCUUCUCGUUUUCAUGGACACUCAACUGCACACUCCAAUGUACUUUUUCUUAGUGAACUUAUCCCUUAUUGACAUAUUCUCCACCACAGUUACCCUACAUAAGGUUCUCACAAGCUUCAUCACCCAAAAUAAGACAAUAUCAUUUAUGGGCUGCCUGACACAGCUUUACUUUUUUGCUUCCCUAACAGGUAAUGAGCUUUUAAUACUAACGGCCAUGAGUUAUGAUCGCUACGUGGCUAUAUGUAAACCUUUGCAUUACCACCUGCUCAUGAACCGUAGGGUAUGUGGUCUUCUGGCCACUUUCUGUUGGACCUGGGGCUUUAUAGAAGUUAUACCUCAUGUUGUUAUCAUAUCAGAUUUCACCUGUUAUUUAUCCAAUGAGAUUGACCAUUUUGUUUGUGAUUUUGUACCUCUUCAAAAACUUAUUUGCAAUGAUACUUUCAUUUUUGAUAUUGCAGUAUUUCUUGUUGCGAUAUUUCUUGCUGUUUUCCCAUCUCUUCUUACCUUCAUCCCGUACAUUUUUAUUAUUGCCUGUAUCUUGAGGAUUCCUUCUAAAUCUGGAAGACGGAAAGCCUUCUACACGUGCUCCUCACACCUUACAGUUGUCAUUAUUCUGUAUUGCACACUUAUCUUUCAGUACUUGAGGCCAGUCUCAGAAGGCAGUUUGGAGUUCAACAAACUGUUUUCCCUUUUUAACACAGCUACAGUCCCAAUGCUUAACCCAAUGAUUUAUAGUUUAAAAAAUUCAGAUGUAAAGUCUGCUCUAAGGCGCAGAUUAAAGAGUUGUAAAGUUACUGCUUUCUAA